UAGCAAAAACCAAGAUAGACGCGGAUCACAAUGGCUAGAACUUAUGCAUAAUUUUUCCGAAAAACAUAAAGAGGUCUGUCGUGCGUCAUCUAUCGACCCACCUGUAACUAAAUCAUCAAAGAAAUUCAAAACAACAUCGAGAUAUGAAGGCGAAUGGGGACCAUUCGGCAUGACUGGCUAUGGCGAAUACACGUUUCCUAAUGGGGUUGUCUACAAAGGAGAGUUCGAACAAGGCAUGUUCCAUGGGACUGGUGAGUUGGUAUACGAAACAGACCCUACAGAAUACCGCGCCGUCAUACGCGGUCAAUGGGAGAAUGGUAUCAUGACAUCGAGGGCGUUACACUUUUCUGAUACCCUCGAGUAUAACGAACACAGCAAGUGGACAUAUUGUAAUCAACCUGAUAGAAGGUUUGACAUAGAAUACGUAAAAGGCGUUCAGCCGGCUGGCAAAUCAUACAUGACGGCUCGCCAGCCCUCUAUUGAAAUACCUCCCGGCUACUACGAUACAGGGGACGGACUGUACAAUCCUAAGACAAAAGUUAUUUACAGUUACAAGGACCUUUGUACUAUCAGAAGGGCUCCGUCAUUACGAGAACAACGAUGGAUAGUAGAGAACUGUCGCGUUGCAGACGUGAAGCCGUUGGGUCCUCGUCCUGAUUUGUACGAGACCUAUAAACAACCAUCUCUGCUUCUGGCCCAACCACCACCACCACCAGCCACUAGCUUUACAUCCAGAAGAAGUUCUCAUUUCGAUAUAGGACAACAUAAGGCUCUAAGGGACUUCUACAAUCCAACGAAACUUAGGUCUCCGUCAGUAGAAAGAGUUCCUCCACGAAAGUUCAGACCUGCCAACUAA